GAUGAAUAGACGCUUGAAUACAGCCAACAACAUACCGGUAGCUCAAACCACUCCUUCAAUAUUACUACCACCAGCACAAAACCCCCUCCAAUCGUUAUCGGCCGACUGACUACAACACCACAUCGAGCACGUCGUUUCUUCCAUUACCGGGCAGCUUGCUUGUUCGCCUCCUCCUCCGUCACAUUCCCCCUCCCGCCCCGCACCUGGCACCAGCAUAGAGCCGCAAACCAUCGACCACGCGCCGUACGCACUUCAAUACCACACAUCACAUGGCCGCUAGAAAUAGACCUCGAGCUCUGCAGAGCCAUGAAGCAGAUGCGCACGAGGAGCGAGAAAUGUGGUCGAAAAUCGUGAAUGAUCUGAAAGAUCGGACGCGUCAGUCGAAACGCAUCAACGAGGUUGCCGACGAGAUAGUAGCCCUGGAGGCUAAAUACGAGGGCAACGAGAGUGAGAUGACGCUCAAAGACAUGCUCGCCUUGGAGCAGCUGUACGAAGAGCAGAUGCAGCUAUCGAACGACGAAAGCGAUUCACUACGCAAUGUCAUUGAAAUCAAUGAUCUUCUGAUUGCUCUACGAACCGCUACCGAAAGCGGUGACAGAGGAGGAGUCUCGCAGCAGAAGAGAAUCAAGCGAAAACACGACGAGUCAAUGUCGGCAGAUAGUCCCUCGAGCCGGAAUCCUAAAAUCCAGAGGAGCAAUUCGGCUGCGCCGAUGGAUGGAUUUCAGAUGCAUGCGGAGGUUGCGUAUCGGUUACCAAAACAAAAGGGUGCGGAGUACGAAUGGAUACAAUGUACAAUUACUGGUAUUCUGGGUGGUGACGGAAUAAAACGCAAGUAUGAGGUCCAAGACCCGGAACCGGAUGAGGCCGGAGGCCACGGCACCAAAUACAGGGCUCUCGCUAGCGCCUUGAUUCCGAUACCCAGGGACUCGGCAAACCUCCCACCAUAUCCUCCUGGAAAGCAAGUGCUGGCUCGAUACCCGGAAACGACCACCUUCUACCGGGCCGAAGUGAUGGGCACCAAGCGAGAUGGAACUUGCCGCCUCAAGUUUGACGGAGAGGAGGAGGAGGGAAAGGAAACAGAGGUGGAGCGACGGCUUGUGCUGGACGUCGGUGACAAGCGGUGAUGGUGGAUGGAUGGGCCUUUUUACUUUCAUCUACCAGGAAAUCAUUGUAUCGGCGCUGGUAUUUGUUGCGGUUUUUGGUUGUCUUGGAGCACGGUGUCAAAUGUCUGCUUUGCUUACUUUAUACGGCCUGUCUUUCUUCUUCUUGAGUAAAUGCGGUCUGCCCUUCUCCUUAAAUACGGCUACAAUAGUUUCAAUUAUAAUCGUUGGGGGGU